AUGGUCGAAAAGGUAAUCCAAUUGAGGUGCGACUGCAACCAGUACCCAUGGGGGAAGCAGGGCUCAAAGUCGCUCGCCGCGACUCUGUGCGAGAAGACGCCAGGCACCAACUUCAAGAUCGACGAGAAUACUCCCUAUGCUGAAAUGUGGAUGGGCACAUAUCCCGAAUUGCCCUCCUACGUCUUGGAGACUGGCGAGGACCUCCAGAGUGUUAUUGAUAAGCAUCCUGAUGAACUGGUUGGAAAGGCUGUCGUCGACAAGUUCAACCACACCAAGCUGCCAUACCUUCCAAAGGUCCUGUCAAUAGCAAAGGCUCUUCCUCUGCAGCUACACCCUAACAAGGACCUAGCCUCGAAGCUGCAUGCAGAGAAUCCAAGCCAGUUCACAGACCCAAACCACAAGCCCGAGAUUGCGCUGGCUCUUGGCGAAUUCGAGGCCUUCUGUGGUUUCAAGCCCCUCGCAGAGAUUGCACGCUUGAUGAAACUACCGCCGCUCGAGGGCUUCAUGCCUGAGGUCCAGAAGACCGAAUUUGAUGACCAGCAGCUCAAGCAUGUUGUCAAGGCAAUGCUCAUGGCCUCUGAAGAGGCUGUGCGCAAGACGAACGAUGCCCUGAUGAAGAUACCCAAAGAGCAAUUCGGCGAGUCCAGCUACAUUCCCGACAUGAUUCCUCGUCUGGCAGAGCAGUACGACAAGGCCGACAACGGAACGCUCGUUGCGCUCAUCACGAUGAACUACCUGAAGCUCCAGGCUGGUGACAGCAUCUACAUUCCUGCGGAUGGCAUCCACGCUUAUCUGUCUGGCGAUAUUAUCGAGUGCAUGGCCCGGUCGAAUAACGUGCUGAACACUGGUUUCUGUCCCCGUGCUGACCGCGAUAAUGUCGAAAUGUUCUGUUCGGUCCUCACAUUUGCACCUCAUGAUGCAAAGGAGGCCAUUCUACCAGCAGCGUCGUUUGACCGGAGCAAGAAUGGCAAGACGCAGCUCUAUGCACCUCCACUAAGCGAGUUCAAUAUGCUGGCAACAAGCAUGGGUGCCGGAGAUUCCGAGACAAUCGGGUCGCUGGGUGGGCCUAGUGUCAUGAUCGUAACAGAGGGCGAGGGAACCAUGAAGGGCAACGGCAAGGAAUACAAGCUGAGCGCGGGCUACAUCUUCUUCAUCGCUCCUGGUGUAGAGCUAGAGUUCAACGCCAACAAGCAGCUCAAGGCUUUUACAGCUUACGCGGAGUAGACUUGAGUAAUAGUAUAGCAGACACGAUAGAGUUUGAAUGGUAAU